AUGAAUUUGCCGGAGAGGAAUUUCAGGUAUCAACCACAGCCACCGCCGCCACAUCGGAGGAAAACACCCUCUUUCUCAUCCUCCCUUCUCGACUCCAUUCUCCGCUCCAUUGACGAAACCAACGACGGAGGAUUACAUGAAGAAAACUUACACCACCAAGUUCAUGAUCAUGAUAAUAACGAUAAUCAUGAUCACGAUCUUAUGUGUUUUGCUUCUGAAUCAAAGCGGAGCAGCAAAAUUCGUUUUCAACAAACAGAUUUGAUUAACGGAGAAGAACAGAUGCCGAGUCUCCGACGAGCGAUUAUGAUCGAUCAAUGGAUGGAGACUCACAACAACAACAACAACAGCAACAGCAACAGCAAUCGUAAUGGCUACGUUUCUCGAAAGAGUCCUAGAAAGUUCAGUUCGGAUUCAAGCAGUAGUGGAACGACGACGUUUACAACUUCAUCGACGUCAUCCGAAACAGAAACUCCGUCAACUUACAGAUCCUUACCGAACUCGUUCACGAUAUCUCGUAAAACCGCAGAAGCUGUGUUUCUCGAUGAUACUCAAAAAUCGAGCUCGACGAAGCACGAAGCAAAAUUCAUCAAAUCCACGAAGCUACGAGCUAUGAAGAUCUAUGGCGAUCUGAAGAAGGUGAAACAGCCGAUCUCACCAGGCAGUCGGAUUUCUGCAUUUCUCUACUCACUCUUCGCUUCAUCUUCUUCAAAGAAAGCUAAAAUCGAAGAAACCAUGCAAAACUUGAGAUCCUUGAAGAAAUCACGAUCUAUUAAACAGGAUACAACGACGACCUGCUCUUCGUUUUCAAGGUCAUGUAUGAGCAAAAAACAACAUAAUAGCGGCAUAAAAAGGUCCGUUAGAUUCUAUCCUGAACACGACACCGUGAUUCUCGAUUCAAAAUCCAUCCAUGAACGUGAUCCACGCUUGAUGCCAGUACUCCCAAAGUAUGAUCAGAGACAAUGGUUCACAGAGAAGACUUACAUGAACAAGUACAAAAACUUUUUGGUUAAUGUUGACGACGAUGAUGAAGAUGAAGAUGAUCUGUUUGAGCUUGAGAUUGUUGGCGGUGUAGGAACUGGUGCUUACGGGCAAGAACUACCAGUGUUUGAAACCACAGAUUUGAGAAAAAUUAGGAUCUAAUGUUACUUUUUUGAUCCUCCAAUUUCAAAUUUCAUAAAUA